ACUCUUCUUUUCUUUAGUGAAAUUGGGUCUGAACCCCCAGAGAGUUGUAUCUUUGGCUUGAUGACGGUCAUCACUGCAUUUGCAGGUAUGGCCACUAUGUAUGCCAGAUACAAGUUUGUGGAGAAGCUCAAUGAGAAGGCGGGUGGUGUGCCCCCAGCACUGAACCAGGCUGCUUUCUGGAUUGGAAUGCUUUCUUGUUUGGGGAUGUGUUUUGUCGCUACUUUCCAGGAAACAACAAUUAUUCAAGUUCAUGAUGCAGGUGCAAUACUCUUCUUCGUUUCUGGUGUGUUGUACAUCAUCCUCCAGUCCAUUAUAUCCUAUAAGGCCUUCCCCUAUGGAUGUUCCUUGGCCUUGUGUCGUGUGCGCACAGGAAUGGCAACCAUGGCCUUCCUGGCAGUCCCCCCCACUAUUAUCUGUGCCUUACUGCAUAGAACUGAAGACAAGGACAAUGUGUUCCAUCUGGUGAGUGCUGUGAGUGAGUGGAUCAUGGUCUUCAGCUUCAUCUUCUUCUUCUUCACGUACAUCCAUGACUUUAAAAAGUUUACUCUGAAGCUGAGAACAGAGUUUGUUUCCUGA